CAGCUGAUUUUCGGUAUAGUUUUGAGUUGAAAAGGAGGAAGACAUCGGAGAUCGGGACUCAGGAGAGUAGCAAACAUUUCUAUUAUGAGCUGAACUUCAGAAGUAGCAAUGGUGGACAAUCCUACAGCCGAUUGGAAUGCUCUCGGGCCUGUGUUUUACAGGAAAUUUGAGGUGUAUUCUAUGCAAUGGCGCGACCAAGUGGACCUGAGUCAGUAUCGCACCGCCGCAGCUCCUUAUGGCGGUCCCAUAGCAUUGAUGAAAGAUGACCGUCGGUCACGGCAGUCUGCUGCUGCCAAGCCGCUCAUACGCAUCUACAAUGGUGCCGGCCAGGAGCUCUCUGUUAUCAAGUGGGAUUGGACAGGACGUCUCGUAGCAAUGGAGUGGUCUAUGACUGAGGACCUGGUGUGUGUCCUAGAUGAUGGCUCGGUUGUCUUGCACGGCAUUGAUGGCCAGCACAAGCGAUUGUUCAGCAUGGGCCAAGAAUGCCGCGAGCAUCGUGUUAUUGAUGCCAAGGUCUUCAACAAUGGUCCGAUCACCGGUGUUGCGGUGCUGACGGGUAACUAUCAGUUCUAUGUUGUCAGUGACGUGACACAGGAGCUGGCCAGGAUCCGCCAUCUGGCCAGAAUCAGUGGUUUUGAAGCACCGCCGAGCAGCUGGCUUGUUUUGCCGGAGGAGCGGCAAAUACGCAUUCUGGUGGCGCUAGAUAGCCAGAUCUACUUGGUCGAUGCUGUGCAAGCUGUCUUACAGCGUCCACCUGUGGACAACAUGCCGUCCUCCUGGAUAGCAAUGGCAUCGUCCUUCACUCACAAGUUCCUUGCAAUGUUCGGCAACAACGGUGUUCUCUGGGUGGGCACAUCAAAUUUAAAGAAUGUGUACUCUGAAGUGAACACGAACCAGCAGGACCGGCAAGAUCCUCAAGCCAAACCUGACAACUUAGUUUGGUGUGGCAGUGGUGCAAUUCUGUACUCGUUCGACACCCUUAUCUGCAUGGUGGGGCCAGAGAAAGACUGUGCCAAGUACUUUAUCGAGCCUGGUGUGAUCCUAGUGCCUGAGAUUGAUGGGCUGCGCUUCAUCGACAACGCAUCUCACGAGUUCUUGCAGAAAGUUCCAGAUAUGGUGGAGAAGGUGCACAAGUUUGGUUCUCUGGCGCCUGGAGCUGUGUUGUACUAUGCCAUGAAAGAGUUUGAGCGGAAAAGCCCGAAGGCUGAUGAGUAUGUUCGCAGUGUGAAGGAGCACCUGGACGAGGCGAUUGAUCAGUGCACCCAUGCUGCUGGUGAUGAGUAUGAGCCAGCGAGGCAGAGGAGCCUACUCAGGGCGGCUGGGUUCGGCAAGUGCUUUGUCACGCAGUACGAUCCCAAGCCGUUCGUGCAGAUGUGCAGCCACCUGAGGGUGCUGAACGCAGUCCGCGAUUACCGUGUGGCAAUGCCACUGACAUACGUACAGAUGGAAACACUAACGAUGCCAGUGCUUAUCGACAGGCUUGUGUUGCGCCGGCAAUAUUGCCUUGCUAUCAAGAUCGCCGACUACCUGAAGAUUCCUCCUCAUGAAGGUGCCAGCCACAUCCUUGGCCACUGGGCUUGCUACAAGGUCCAGCAGAGUGCUGUGGACGAUGUUGAGGUGGCAAAUACCAUCGUCAGCAAGCUUGGUGACACUCCGGGUAUUUCUUACACGGAAAUUGCCACCAAGGCCAAGGACUGCGGCCGCACGGAGCUGGCUAUUCGGCUUCUUGACUACGAACCUCGGUCCGCUGAUCAAGUACCGUUGUUGAUGAAGAUGAAGUACGAUGAACUCGCCCUGGAGAAAGCUAUUGAAAGUGGUGACACUGAUUUAGUUUACACCGUGGUGAUGCACCUUCGCGACAACCGAGAACUGGCGGACUUCCUCAUGUUCAUUCGGGGUUACGAGCCUGCCAUGGCGCUGUUUGCGCAGUAUUGUCGUCAGCAAGAUCGUCAGAUGCUGAUCGAUCUGUACUAUCAAGAUGACCGCAGCGGUGACAGCGCUAACAUUCAUCUGCAAGAUGCUCUGAGCACCAAGAAUUUGAGUGACAUCCUGGAGAAGCUAACACGGGCGCAGGUCAUGUACACACAGGCACAGAACAAGUUUGCAGCCGAGGUCACCAACGAGCACAUAAAGCUGGUACAGGCGCAGCAGGCUAUGCAGGAGCGCACCAACAAGCCGUUCAUUGGCCUCUCCGUCAGUGACACCAUAUUCAAGUGCCUGGUCUGUGAUUUCCGCUCCACGAUGGCAGAGCGUCUGAGGAAGGAUUUCAAGGUGCCAGACAAACGAUUCUGGUGGCUGAAGAUCCGAGCAUUGGCGGAGACCAGCCAGUGGCUGGAGCUGGAGAACUUCUCCAAAAGCAAGAAGUCCCCGAUUGGCUACGAGCCCUUCGUCGAUGUCUGCCUUGACAAUGGCAGCCGCAAUGAGGCAAUGAAAUAUGUGAAGAAAAUGACCACGGAGCAUCGGCCGCGGGCCUACAUGCGUUGCAAGGCAUGGGACCUGGCAGCAGAGGAUGCGUUUGCGAGUCGCAACGAGGAAGCUUUAGAUCAGAUCAUAGCCAAGUCCGGCGCGGGCCACGGCCAGCUUCACGAACGCAUUCACGAGAUGAAGAUGCAGCUACGGCAACGGUGAGCAGCGGCUGUGCAGCAACGCCGCCUGUAUAUUCAUCUGGUGACUGCUAUUGUUGUUAACUUGUCACUGCCUGACUUUCAGCCUCUCUCACAAACAUACACCGGCAGUAUGUGCUGGUCUUUCAUCCUCAGCCUCUCUCACAUGCACACAGACAGUAUGUGCCUGUUUUUCAGCCUCUCUCUCUCUCUCUCUCUCAUACACACACACACACACACACACACACACACACACACACACACACACACACACACACACACACACACACACACACACACACACACACAUACACACACACAGAGCCAGCAUGUGACCUUCCGCUGUCGCUGGUUUUGCCGGACUUGCGGAGCUGUGAACAUGAUCAGAUAUUCUGUUCGCAUUUUCUUUGAAUCAUUGCACAAAAGGUGAAAUUUGACGUAGGUAGCAAAAAUUAUCCACGGGUGCAAUAUGCCAGCUGGGUACCCCUCCCUCCAUACACGAUAUUACUAGCAUGCAAAGAAAGGUGAGCUGUGAGCCACUGAAUAGUCCUCCAUAAAAUCCAUACCCUGCACAACACACAUGCUCCCAACUAUAUUCUUACUUUAUGGUUUCUUGAGUAUCUUUUCAUUAACGAUGUAUCAAUGUUUCUUUAUCCUAAAUCAACCGAAUCCGAUGCCUUCCCUUCCUAGCUAUCCCCUUUCGUGACAACUGUCAUUCCUGCCCUGAUCUGUUUUGAUUCGAUCUUUCAUUGCUUUUUGAAGAUUUGGGAUCGAAAUUUUGACCACUUUUACAAUGAUUACGGCCAACAGCUACUAUUUUCUUGCGAGCAGUA